ACGCUUUUAGGCUGUUGUGGCAUUCAUUAAUUUCUUAGGUUGAACACCUAGGCUAUCCGUAAUAUUUUCAGAGUUGAAUGUUUAGAUACUAAUGGAUCAUUUAUUUGUUUCGAUGUUUGGUUGAAUGUUAGCUAGGUUAGCUAACAAUAGCCUAGCUAGCGUUUACUUAAUGGUAACGGUAAUGGUAAAGCCUAACGUAUUAGAGGAUGGGUACCUUUGAGAGUAAGGCUUUACAUGUGGUUCCUCACCUGACACAUUGUGCCAAUGUACCCAACACCCUUGUACUCCCAUGCUGGUCGCGGGCCCUUCUCUGAGGUGUAUGAGCCAGCGGAGGACUCCUUUCUUUUGAUUGAUGCAUUGGAGAAGGAUGCCAAUUUGCUACAGCAACACAGACCUGCACUUUGUCUCGAGGUGGGCAGUGGAUCAGGCAUUGUCUCCGCCUUCCUGGCAUCUGUGACUGGGCCUGAAGUUUUAUAUCUCUGUACAGACUUGAACCCAGCAGCAGCCCAGUGUACAAAGGAGACGUCUCGCUGCAACCACCUGCACCUCCAGCCGCUCGUCACAGACCUGGUGAUAGCCUCUCACCUCUUACUGCGGUCCCCGCUCUGGACCUCACCAGUAGCAUUCCCACUCCUCAAUCACCUGUGUAGUGCUCUGAAAGAAGUUGAGUGUUUGAUGCCCAGAUUGAAUGGAAAGGUGGAUGUUCUUCUUUUCAAUCCCCCAUACGUUGUUACUCCAUCCGAGGAGGUGGUCAGUCGCGGCAUUGAGGCGUCCUGGGCUGGAGGACUGAGAGGCAGGGAGGUGAUGGACAGAUUCUUCCCCAUGGUUCCAUCACUGCUGUCCAAUCAGGGAUUGUUCUACCUUGUUACAGUGUCUGAUAACAACCCAGACGAGAUUCUGGCCCUGCUGGGUGAAUCGGGACUGACGGGGCAGAUGUGCCUGUCCCGGCAGGCUGGGAGAGAGAGGCUGUCUGUCCUACGCUUCACCAAGUGUGACACGACAGGACCCUGAAUCCUGACGUCACCGCUGCAAUAUGUAGCGACUGAAGUUCUCACAAAAUGAUUGACCUGCCAAAAAGUCUGGCCUGAGUUUCACAGGAAUGUUGUACAGCAGAGAGCAAAGUGGGACCUCUAAAUCACUGCAGCCUCUGGCCUCUAUUUCCUCAUAGGCUGAUUUUGUUACUCAGAGUUGACUGGUUAAGGAAAACCGCAUCCUGGCUCCAGGAAUAAUAUGGAAGGAAAACAUGCAUUUUGGUCCAACCACCCAUCCUCCAUGAAUUCUGCAUAAUCACACUUAAGCCACUCCUAUAGGGAAAGAACUACACAACAUAGGGGUAAUUUACUCAGGCCAGUGACUCUAAAGACAGCUUUUUAUGUGGAAUGCUCAGAAGGGAUAAAAGUCGUGGAUGACCAGCAAUGAAAGAAAGGUAACAGCUUAGGUCUCGACUUUGCUUUGCUUGCUAGGCACUUCCUGAACUGGAAAGGAGCAGGCUCUGAUUUUUAAUGAACUCUUGUAGAGAAAGGACAAAUUAUGUGGUCAGUUGCUUCUUAAAUUGGAUGUCAUGGGUUUUAUGUGAUUUGAUCUUUGUAAUUUGAAUUAAAUUAAAAGACCACGGGGUGGUA